UUUUUUAGCCGUGAGUUACGAGAAAUAGAGGAUAAACAAGAGAAGGAAAUACAAACACGAGAAUUACACGAACGUGAAAUGUCAGAAGCCAAGCGUCUGGCCUCAAGCUUUGUUGAGCAUUUAGAUGGUCAUCAACUUUUCGAUUCUUUGUGGAGAGGGGACGAAGACGGCCGAAUAUUAAUGCUUGUAGGAUUACAGGCCCAAGAACUUUCAGAUGAAUAUGAUAAAGAUAUAUUUGAGCUUACACAGGAAAUUUAUAAGCUGGGAUUGGAAAGAUUUGCGGAAAGAGAUGAUGAAAUUCGUGACUUUAUGAAUAAUCUUCAAGAAGGCCAAGAAGAACUCCAAAUUAUGGGUCAAAAAGAAAUUGAAGAUUUUUUACAAUUUAAAGAAAAAAUUUUUGAAGAAGCUCGAAUAACAUUGCGUCAAUUAGAACAAAACUCAAUGCAUGGGGACGACGAAAAUAGUCCAGAAAAUCUAAAGCUAUCUGAUGCUGUUGACAAAAUCAAUAUACAAUUUGAAGAAUCUAUGAAUGAUAUGUGGCAAGCGCUUAUGACACAGGAACUUUAUUUGCAUGAGGCUAUAGAGGUAUUGAUUUAA